AUGGCCCAUCGGUCGCUGAGUUCGGCCGAUAUUCUUGGCACCAGCACAACGCGGCCGAAACCCCAUCAAAUUGCGUCGCGAUGGGAGCCGGUGGAGUUCGUACGUUUCGAGGCCCUCACUUCCAAUUGCCGCCCCACCGGUUGCAAAGCGUUGACGGACGUAGAGCCGCAGGUACGACCGACAAGCUCGGUGAGUCUCGGAUCAGAAGCGGUUAGUGCGGGAUCGAGCACAAGCCCCGACUCCAUCACCGACGAGUUGACUCAUUGCAGCCCGAAGAACGUGCACAAGGCCUUGACAGAGUAAGUUCUUUACAUUUUUUGUCUUUUCGGCUUUUAGGAACGAUGCAGCGACAUUAUUUUAGAUAUCAGAUAGGGCUAACGGAAUUUGCUUUCAUGUGACUUUGUUUUGCAUUUUUUCGGACGGAAUGGGAGAAAAAAAGAUGCCCCAGCUGAUUUCCAAGGUGUUUUUUCGGUGUUUACGUGAAAUUAAGUGCGUUUUACGUAGUUUCUGCUCGAAUUAUGUUGGGCUGGGGUUUAGCUAAUGGAUAAUUUAUAUUUGCGCAAUUCACGCAAUCACGCCAUAUUAUUUUGUCUGCGUUUGGGACAUAAGAGCAAAAGGGGUCGUUCCCUGUUUGAUUAGGCAAUUCGAAUUGCUCUGGAGGUAAUAUUAUCCUUGAGGGAGUUAGUUCAAAUAAGAUUGAUUAUUAAAAAUGAAAUAUUGAUUAGGUCAAGAUGAUAAUACCUAGAUGGCUGCGGAGGUGUGUGUAUUAUAUGUUUUUGACCUUUUUCGGGAUUUUAUAAUCUUUAUAUUAAUUUAGAUAUCAAAAGAAUGGAUGGGAAAAGAAUGGUCAGAAGACGCCUCAGAUUCGGAUAAAACUGAAGGAAAACGGUGUGAAUGGGACUCCUCAAACUCCCAAGUUGCCGGAAAAUGGACGGGUCAACGGAAUUAAGAGGUACAGAAAAAAAUUUAUAUUACCCAUGACAUUUUUAGUAAAAUUUUUGGUUUUUAUCCAUAAAAAAUGGUUUCAGAAGGUCGAGCUCGCCGCCCCCAGUCAAAAUCGGCUUCAAUGAGAUCCAUGAAGACGAAUUGGAGGAGGAGGCGACGUUGAGUCAGCUUAUGAAUGGGCUGAAACAAAAAGAAAAGCCCUCGAAUGGAGUUGUUCCCGAUGUUAAUAUGGAGCAAAGUGGAACAGAGUCGGAAACCUCGCCCGCCAAGUCGAUGAAUGGGGUCAGUCCGGCCAAAACGAACGCUUUAUCAACGCCGAAGAACGGAUUUUUGUCCCCAAUCAAGCUGAAUGGCACAGCGAAGAGUAUAAUCCCUCAGAAUUUGGUCAAAUCGGCCGAAAAAAAUGGCCUCAGAUCGAAUGGAGAUCAAAAUUUGCACAUGGAAACAGAUGAUUAUGGUCCGAAAAGUCCCCCAGGAGGUUCCGGAGGAGCUUCAGGCUUUGUCACAGCGAAGUCGAUGGCUCAAAAAUCGGGUUCCAGCAGUCCAGUCAGCCCCAAAGUGUAUGGUCCAGCACUUCCGACCAAAUUUUUCCCAAAUCUCUCGACUCCGAGCCCCUUGAAAUCGGGUCCAACAACCCCAAUGAAGACCGUCUCAGCCCCCACCAGCCCCACCAAGAACAGCCCCAUGAAAACGCCGGUCAAAAAACAGGUUGCCUCAACUUCGGCCACCUUUAUUGGCCCGCAAUUACCGACGAGAGACGAGGAAAUGCAGCCGGAAAGCAGUAAUGCCCAAACAAAUGGAACCAAUGUCCUCACCAAGAAGCUCACAAUCAAGCGCCCCGCCGAGGAUGAUGGCCCGUACACCUACGAUUGGGAGGACACCCCCCUGAAGGCAGGUUUUGACUUUAAUUUAUAUUUUUGACUUUAAUUUAUAUUGUAGUAGGUAUCAGGUGGAAGAUUGCGAUUUUUGAUGGAUUUUUAUGAUUAUUUUUUGCAGAUGAAGCAUGGUCCAGGCUUCUUCAACUCCCGAAAUGAUUGUUUUAUGAAUUCCGUCCUUCAGUUUGUCUUUCACACUCCUCAGUUGAUCAAAUUCCUGCAGAGACCCGGAAAACGUAAGGUUUUUGAUUUUUGUGUUGAAAUUUAGGUACAAACUAUGGAUUGAAGGCUAGUGAAAGGUGUGUAAAGCAUCGAGGCAGGUUUUGACAACAACUCUCGAUAGAAAAAACGAGGUUUCAUCCCCAAAAAUAUCAAAAUUCAACAGUUUUGCCUAGUGUAAUAUAAUUUUGUGUAAAUUUUGCAAUUUUUAGAUUGCCAUCAGAGCCCCUGCAUGUAUUGUGGCCUUCGCAAUGUGUUGUUGGAUAUCCUGAACAGGAACAUCAAGAAGACGUACUGCAAGGAGAUCAAACAUUGUGUGAAUCAGGGCUUCCCCACUCUGAGAUGGCUGGACUCCCAAGAAGACGCACAUGAGAUGUUGACUUUCUUGUUUGGCAAGCUUGAGCCCCCAAUUGAGUCGAGGAAGUCAUUGCCGAAUGGAAAGAAACCCCCAACGGAGAUUGACAAAAUUUUUGGAGGAAUUUUGAGUAGAAAAAGUGAGUUUUUUAUAUUUGUUUUUGGUGUUUAGGUUGAGAGAUGGACUUGAGAGGAUGUGAAAAGGCUUGAUAAGGGAAUUUGAGAUGAUUUUAUGGAUUUUGGACUUUACUUUUGAUGAAAAUUCUAAAAUCUUGUCAUGUGUAAUAUAAAUUUUGGUCGGUAGUGGUUGUUGUUGAUGGUUAAAAGGUUUGAUGGGAUGUGAAAAGGAUAUUUUGAUUUGUUUUAGCUUUGGUUUGGCCUUUUUUGAUAUAAUUUUUAUCAUGGUUAAUAUAAAUUUUUUCAAAAAAUCCGAUUUUUUUUGAAAAUACUGCUGGAGGGCAUGUAGUAAUGGUGUUUUCUUUUAGUGUUUUGCUCAAAUUGCAAGAAUGUCAGCUGGAGCACCGAGGAAUUCCGGGAAUUUAACCUGAAUCUGAACCAAAACAUGAACAUCCUGCAGAACGACCCCACCCUCAAGGUGUUUGUGGACGCCUACUUCAGAGCCGAGAAGAUGAAAGAUUUCAAGUGCGAGAAGUGCAAGUCGGUGGACACUUCGAGCAAGAGUUUCGCGAUCCAAGACGCCCCCAAAGUGCUGGUGAUCCAAUUAAAACGCUUCAAACACACCGGAUCCAAGAUUCAAAUGCCCAUCUCCAUCCCUCACGAAUUGAAUUUGACCAACUACACACGCCAGAAGAGCAAUUUGCAGUAUAAAUUGUAUGGAUUCAUCAACCAUUAUGGCGCCACAACAAAUAGUGGACAUUAUACUGCAACCAUGAGGGGUUACGAUGGAAAUUGGUACUCCUUUGAUGAUGAACAGGUGAGUAGUUGGUUUUGAAAAGGAUUGGAGGUGGUUUGAGGAAGGUGUGGCACUUGAAAUUUGAAAAUUUUUCGAUUUUUUGAGGAAAAGUGGGACUUUUUGGAAGAAAAUUGAAAUUUUUGGGGCUAAAGUGGGUGUAAAAUACGAUGAAGUUUAUUAUUUGUGCUUUUUAUAUCAGUUGGGAUGUUUUACAAGGAAAUUUGAUAAGGAUAUCAACAAUUUUUGAAAAAUGUUGGUCAUGUGUAAUAUAAUUUUUGUCGAGUUUGAUGGAAAAAUAGGGUUUAGAUGGAAGAUACAGCUUAAUUAAGAGUAGAUGAGAUCGAAUUACCGUGUUUGAAAGAAAAUUUUGAGGAGUUUUAUGAUGAAUAAUAUAAUUGUUGGGCAAAAAUUUGAAAAGCUUAUAAAUUUGUGUCAUGGAUAGCGUAAAUUUGCAUUUUUUAUUGAAUAUCUGCCCAUUUCAGGUGGAACAAACCAGAGUCAACAACGCCCCCACCCAAUUCCCGUACAUUCUGUUCUACGCGAACAAGGCGAACGCCAACUUUCGGAUAAAAGGCGUGAAUAAUGUGAAUGGUGUGAACUCGCCCCGGUAUGCGAACGGAGCCCCGGUGCACAAGAAACUCCCCACCCAGAUCACUCACAGCUGGACCCCCAAGGUCAUCACAUGA